CCCCUCGCCGUGCGCACGCGCCCGGGCGGCGCCUGCGCGGCGGAGCGGGCGGCGGGGCGGGCGCGGGUCUGCAUCCGGGUCGCCGCCGUGCCCAUUGUCUGGGGAAGGGGCCCGGGGCUCGGCGGCGCUGCACCCGAGGGCCCCUGCCCGCCCGCCGCCCACCCGCGCAGGCUUUAUGGACCGCAGUUCGAAGAGGAGACAGGUGAAGCCUUUGGCAGCUUCGCUGCUGGAAGCUUUAGAUUAUGAUAGCUCUGAUGACAGUGAUUUUAAAGUUGGAGAUGCUUCAGAUUCUGAAGGAAGUGGUCAUGGGAGUGAAGAUGCAUCUAAGGACAGUGGUGAAGGUUCCUGUACUGAAUCAGAAGAAAAUAUCUUGGAGGAGGAACCAGCAGAAGAGAAAGUAGAAGAGCAGCAGCCGAAAGCCUCCACUGAAGAAGUGCCAACAACAGACAAAGAGGUAAUUAAAACUGAAAAGAAAGAGCAAGAAGAUGAAGAAGAAAAGCCAAAAAAGAAGAAAGAGAAGGAGAAAGCAGCUGAACCUGAUGCUGUGGCUGAUGAGCAAACAAAUGAACCAAAAAAAUGGAAUUUGCGCAGGAACCGACCCUUGCUGGAUUUUGUAUCGAUGGAAGAGCUGAAUGAUAUGGAUGACUACGACAGCGAAGAUGACAAUGACUGGCGGCCUACUGCUGAGAAAAGAAAAGGAAAGAACGCGCUGAAAAAAGAGGGAAGUGAUGGAGAUAACGAAGAUGAUGAAGAUGACGGGAGUGGAAGUGAUGAGGAUGACAAUGAUGAGGAAGCUAAUGAGGAAGAUAAUAGCAGUACGGCUAGCGAUGGAGGAUGCAAGAAGAAGAAGAGUAAAGUUCUUAACAGGAAUAAUGCAGAUGAUGAGGAAUUGACAAAUGAUAGCCUGGCUCUUUCACAAAGCAAGAGUAAUGAGGACUCAUUGAUCCUUGAGAAGUCUCAAAAUUGGAGCUCCCAGAAAAUGGACCAUAUUUUGAUUUGUUGCGUUUGUCUUGGAGAUAACAGUGAAGAUGCUGAUGAAAUAAUCCAGUGUGACAACUGUGGAAUAACAGUGCAUGAAGGUUGCUAUGGUGUUGAUGGAGAGAGUGACUCUAUCAUGAGUUCAGCUUCAGAAAAUUCCACAGAGCCUUGGUUUUGUGAUGCAUGCAAAUGUGGUGUCACACCUAGUUGUGAAUUGUGUCCCAACCAGGAUGGGAUCUUCAAGGAGACUGAUGCAGGCAGGUGGGUCCACAUUGUUUGUGCCCUCUAUGUUCCAGGAGUGGCAUUUGGAGAUAUUGACAAGCUGCGGCCAGUAACACUAACAGAAAUGAAUUAUUCCAAAUAUGGUGCAAAGGAGUGCAGCUUUUGUGAAGAUGCUCGUUUUGCCAGAACUGGUGUAUGCAUUAGUUGUGAUGCUGGGAUGUGCAGAGCUUAUUUCCAUGUGACCUGUGCUCAGAAGGAAGGCCUCCUUUCAGAAGCAGCAGCGGAAGAGGAUAUAGCUGACCCUUUUUUUGCUUAUUGUAAACAGCAUGCGGACAGGUUAGACAGAAAAUGGAAGCGGAAGAACUACUUGGCUUUACAAUCUUACUGUAAAAUGUCCUUGCAGGAAAGAGAAAAGCAGCUUUCACCAGAAGCUCAGGCUCGAAUCAAUGCCAGGCUCCAGCAGUAUCGUGCCAAGGCGGAGCUGGCGCGCACCACCAGGCCCCAGGCCUGGGUUCCCAGGGAGAAGCUGCCGCGGCCACUGACGAGCAGCGCUUCGGCCAUACGGAAGCUCAUGCGCAAAGCCGAGCUGAUGGGAAUUAGCACAGACAUUUUUCCAGUGGAUACUUCAGAUACAAGUUCCAGUGUUGAUGGAAGAAGAAAACAUAAACAGCCAGCUCUCACUGCUGACUUUGUGAAUUAUUACCUUGAGAGAAAUAUGCGCAUGAUUCAAAUCCAGGAGAAUAUGGCUGAACAGAAGAACAUCAAGGAUAAGUUAGAAAAUGAGCAAGAAAAACUUCAUGUGGAGUAUAAUAAGCUGUGUGAGUCCUUGGAAGAGCUACAAAAUUUGAAUGGAAAACUGCGAAAUGAAGGGCAAGGAAUUUGGGCUCUCCUGGGUAGAAUCAUUGGACAGAAAUUGAACAUACCAGCAAUUUUACGGGCUCCUAAGGAAAGGAAACCAAGUAAAAAGGAAGGAGGAACACAAAAGGCAUCUACACUUCCAGCAGUACUUUAUAGUUGUGGAAUUUGCAAGAAGAACCAUGAUCAACACCUACUGCUACUGUGUGACACUUGCAAACUUCAUUAUCAUCUUGGUUGCCUGGAUCCACCUCUUACAAGGAUGCCAAGGAAGACCAAGAACAGUUACUGGCAGUGCUCAGAGUGUGACCAGGCAGGUAGCAGCGAUAUGGAGGCUGAUAUUGCCAUGGAAACCUUACCAGAUGGGACCAAAAGAUCAAGGCGGCAAAUUAAGGAACCGGUGAAAUUUGUUCCUCAGGAUGUGCCAACAGAACCGAAGAAAAUUCCAAUCAGAAACACGAGAACUAGAGGACGAAAACGAAGCUUUGUGCCUGAAGAAGAAAAACCUGAGGAGCGUAUUCCCAGAGAAAGAAGGCAACGGCAGUCUGUGCUGCAAAAGAAGCCCAAGUCAGAGGAUUUAAGGACUGAGUGUGCUACCUGCAAAGGCACUGGAGACAAUGAAAAUCUAGUCAGAUACCCUUCAUGAGACACAACUCUGCCACAACUCAUCCUCGGAGGCAAUCGUGGAAACCUUUUAUAAUAGGAUUUUUAAAUGUGGAUAAAGCUCUCAAUAGAAUACCUAAAGUAAAGGAGAACAGCUACCUUGUCUCAACUAUAAGCUUAUUAUGACAAAACAUUGAGUUUGCUUGUCAGGCUUGGAUAGAAUGUAAUUGAUUGGUUUGUUAUUUGGACUGACAAGGUAGUUAAUUUGCCUGCAUUUUUUUGCACUAUUCAGGAACAUUUUGUAUGUGCAUCGUUGAAAAAUCCCGGAUAAAUGUCUUGUCAGGAUUGUCCUAUUAAGUAAUGUCUCUUUCCCCUGUGCUUCGUUGGCAAAUGAUGUUAUACAAUGCUUGGAUUCAUUGAAGAGUGACAGAAGCCUGUGGGACUUAAAUAUUGUGUGUUCCUCUAUGGUGAUACUGAAAGAAAUAAGCAACGGUUUGCCAUCUGCCUGCCACUCUACUUAUUUACAGUUUAAUAAGAACAUUUCUAUAAAGAACACUGUGUUGUACAUAGACCUUACUGUAAAAAGGAUUGUUUCCUAAAAAAAAAAAAUAAAUGUUCAGUGAUAAUGAGACCUGUAAAACACUUGAGACGUACUAUUCUGAAAGAAUAGAUUUGCCAUGGAAAAAUUGAUUUUAUGCUUAUUAGUAUGAACUAAUUGUUUCUGACUCCAGACACUUGAGUGAACAGAACUAUACCUAUACUUCUUUCUGGAAUUUUUUUUUUAAAUAAGAAAAAAAUUGAGUAUGUGCAGGCAUUUGUUUCAUUUGCCUUACUUCUCUGGCAGUGUUCAGGACAAGCUUAUCUCCUCCCAAUACAAACAUGAAAUUGUUUUGUAAGUUGGGGAAGGAAUGAAGAAUUGAUCACACAGCGUGACAGCUGAGAUCUUCGUCUCCGUCCGUAUAUAUCCUGGUAGAUGCACACAUAGUAUUUUGAUCUUCAAAUGGUACAGAUCCAGUUCUUAAAUCUACAGUAUCAGAGUGUUGACAUCUUCAUCGUUUUCAUCUUGAACUUGCUCGGAAAAAUUCUGCUCAAAUGCAAUCACACUUGUAACUUUAUGACCUAUAAUCUUUGAAUUUCUUGAGAUAUGGUGGGUUUUGUCAUCUAUCGAGGCACGUUUCCAUUUGAAAGUAUUUUUUAAACUUAAAAAAGAAAUUAAAUGCUGUAAUAAGUAAUAGGAGAAUAUCCAAAUUUAUGUGUACUUAUCUACGAGUCAUAUCUUACCAGGGCAUUUCAUGUUUGAAUAUUAUAUUAAAUAAAAGUACCCUGAUGUCUAACCCGUCGUUUCAUUUUAAAAAGGGGGUGGGAGAAUCUCAGAGUUAAGAUUUUUGUUGGAGCUAUCAGAAAUGCUUAUCAUUCUGUUUUGGCAAAUACAUACAAAGACACCUUAAAAAUAAAGAGAUUUGCACUAGCAAGUAGACGCUAAUGCAGGAAUUUGAUCUUUAAAGAUCUGUGAAUCCUUUCUAGGAAGAAAAGACCCAAAUUUAUUGACCACUUGUGCAAUAUUCUGAAAGUAAGAGGUUGUGUCCACAUGCUGUGUAAGCAAGAGGGGAAAAAAAUGUUUGCCCGUACAUCAGGCUGAGUUUAUGAAAAAAAAAAAGAAAAAGUAAUGUUUACUGUGAUUUAUGAUCAUUUAUUAAACAAAAACAGUCUAGGUAUUGUGGAUAGGAGAGAAUGAUAAGUGUGGCUUAUCUUGGCUUUAGUAGGACUUUCAAAAUAAUUCUGUGUGUGACAGUCCUUUAAAUAAGUUAAAGAUUCUGUUAUUUAAGCUCCGAUAAAAUACGUAGCUGAUUAGGAGUGUAAACAAACUUCUAUGGACUCACUGUCAAAUGAUACUCAGCUCACUGAGUAUCAUUUGACUGGGUUCCAGUCAAGCUCUCCUGGAUUCGUAUUACAAUAUUUUUGUUAAUUUUUGCUUUAGCGUAUUAGGUAUGAAAGAAAGUGUUUGGUUACAUUUGCAGGUGAUGACAGUAAGAUGUGAGGAAGUACAGUGUUAGAAUUUAAAA